AUGAGCCGAAGUUUGGGGAUACCGGUGAAGCUUCUCCACGAGGCGUCGGGUCAUAUAGUGACGGUUGAGCUAAAGAACGGCGAGCUCUACAGAGGAAGCAUGAUCGAGUGUGAGGAUAACUGGAACUGCCAGCUUGAGGAUAUUACCUUUACCGCUAAGGAUGGUAAGGUUUCACAGCUUGAGCAUGUCUUCAUUCGUGGCAGCAAAGUCAGGUUUAUGGUCAUACCAGACAUUCUCAAGCAUGCUCCAAUGUUCAAGCGCUUAGAUGCUAGAAUCAAGGGAAAGAGCGGAUCACUUGGUGUUGGCAGAGGUAGAGCUGCAAUGCGAGGAAAAGCUCCGGCUACUGGGCGUGGAAUUGGAGGAAGGGGAGCGGCACCACCUGUGAGGAGAUGA